GAGGUUUUGUUUGUAUCGUGUUUAAAGGGAAACAAAAACGAAUCUCUGUUUCCAAAGCAAAUUUUAUGAUGACAGUGCAUUACGGAACGAACAUACGAUGUUUAAACGUCAAUGAUCCAAGGACAAUAAGAGUAGGUAAUGCUAAUUAUGAACGGGUAUUUCUAAAUCCGAUUUGACUCCCUUUACCGUUGAGCUAAACAAAUUGAAAUAAUCAAGCCAUUUAAAGUUUUUCAUGGGAUGGUGCAUGUGAUAAACGGCGCCAGUCGACACGGCCGAACCGGGUUCAAAUCCCAUCCGGAUCGUCCCCCCGUAGCAAAGACUGACUAUCCGGCUACGUGGUAAAAUAAGUCAGUCUAGUAAGCCAGAAAUGGCCGGAGUGACCUGUAAGGUCGUUAAAACCAAGAAGAGAGAGAGAAACUUUUUCAUCCAGGCAUUUAGAAACAACGCUGAUGAUAUAGAAACCUAAUCCUUUUGGCUAUCGAAGUGUUCAUCCAUUCGCUAUGUAGGUUCUUUCCAGUCAUCCCUAGUGAAGGGUUGCAUAAAGCAUAGUUAACUAUAUAAUUUUGAUGACAAAUAGUACUUGUUUAGUUUUUCUACCACAUGCCUCUUGUGCUGGGACAGGGUUGAUUGGUCUAUUUGUUAAGCCAAUCAACUACUACUAUCAUCGUACAAUAUGGUCAGCUAACUCUAGGGCUUAUCAUGGUGUUAUUUUCUCAACGCAAAUUUUAUUGACAAACUUUCGUUUGGUAGCGAUUAAUGUAUAUGUAUGUUAAAGAACCAACAAAAAUGGGCAUUUUAAAAGCGAAAAGCAUUGUUUAAAGCACACCGGCGAAUUUGUUAUUAUCUUCAUCCCCAGAAAGACGUGUACGUAGUAAACAAAUCGUAAUAUUUGUGUUAAAGGAAUAAAAACACAUCGGGCAAGCAAGUGGCACGCGACUGGACGCUACUUGAUUAAUUAAUGGUUUAUACCCUAACCCUGGACCUUAUCAUUCCUAGAAAGACAAACGCGUCUUGUCACGCGUCGAGGGUGAGCGAUAAGGCAUGGACUAUUAUGCCUGCGUCUUAGGUUACUCAAAAAUUUUAAGAGUAGGUUGGGGUUUUGUUGCAUUUCUAAAACACCAAUUAAACUACGGGGGGCAAAUAGCAAUGUUGGAAAAUCAACAUUUUAUGAUUAUUUUUUUGCUGCGUUCAACAUCGAGGUUUCUAAUAGCUUGGUUUAUGGUUAGCAUCAAGUAAUUUUUUGCGCAUUCUUCGAUCGCCACGAGAAGUUGCGGGAUUCCGUAUUUGCAAUUGUUUGUAGCAUUUUUUUAACUGUUAUUUUCGAUUAAAUUAAUUUUAUUUUUCAACCAUGUAUUUUGCUCCGCUGAAAAGGUCACAAAAUGGUUUAAAAUGGACCAUUUUGAAAUUGAAGCUUAUUUCACCAACGGUUUACUUUCCGGAAAAUGAUUAAAGAUGAAUAAUGUUGCAGAAUAAAAAGGCGUUGGGGGAAUGUUUGAUUCAACGGAAUUUUGAUUUUAAUAGUAUCUUGAAGCAUAAUACAAGUAUCGCAAAUGUAAGUGUGAAUAUUCUGAGCUUAUCAGGGUCGGAUGUAGAUUUUUUUGGUGCCCAAAGCGGCCAUGUGGGCUCCUAAGCAGGAAUUCUCUGUAAAAUGGAAAUGGAUUGAAAAAAUAAUUUUGAUUUUAUACACUUGCGAGUACAUAUUCGCCACACUUUGGAUUAAAAUAUGCUGUCCAUUCUCUGAGCAAAUGACUUUCUAUCUAUCCUUACUCUGAUUUAUCAAAUCUCAUGAUACAAUCAGCCGAAGUUGGUCGAAAAUGUUUCACUUUAUAGCAUGAACAGAAAGGUUCAACCAACAGAAUAAAUGGUGUAUUUCGGCAGCGGUGACUGAUAAGUAGCGAUUGCCAGUGUCAUACAGCAGCAUGUUAAGUGGUCCUAUCUUUGUUCACGGCUAGUCUGUGUCCAACAUCCAAGCAGGCAAGUGAUUUGUCAGACUUGAAACAGCAAACAGCAAGUACAGUUUGGGGUCUACUUUAUUUCAAUGCAGCAAUUGAUUAGUGAAAGUGUGCAAAGAAAGUGAAACCUUCCCUGUUGUUGUUGGAUAUUACAAACAAAAAAGAUCAUUUUGGCAGGCGUGAAAUUAUCAAUUAUCAGUGUGGUGUAAUGUCUACUUGGGAAACCAACGAAUGCUGUGCAGUUGAUAACCAUGACAACAUGCCGGAUGCAGGCCGGAACAACACUGACGUUACGCUAAUAUGGCAAAACUUAACCAUAACGCCGGUUGGUAGCAUGUCGAUUGGUAUGCAGCUGCCGGUACUGAAUGACAUCAGUGGCACGUUAUUGCCGGGAACCCUGGUUGCCCUUAUGGGACCUAGUGGAGCGGGCAAGACCACGCUAAUGUCCGCCUUAGCCUACCGGAUGAGUGAUAAAAUGGCUAUAUCCGGGGACAUUCGUGCUAACGGAUGCCCGAUUGGACCGUUCAUGUACAACAUCAGUGCUUACAUUUAUCAGGACGAGCUACUGCCGGAUUCUAUAACAGUGCAGGAGCAUCUACAGCUAAUGGCAAAUUUAAAGCUCGGAAGGCGUGUAACAGCUGACCGGAAACGGGCCAUGAUUAUGGACAUUCUCUCCAAGACCGGUCUCGAAAGGUGCGCCAACACGAAGAUUGCGAAUGCGACCGGCAUCGGAAAAACUUUAUCAGGAGGCGAGAAGAAGCGACUUGCAUUUGCGGUGGAGUUGUUGUCCAAGCCGAAGUUCCUGUUUUGUGACGAGCCAACAACUGGUUUGGAUUCGUACAGUGCACGCCAUUUGGUAGAAAUGAUGAAAUCACUAACACGCUGCGGUACAACCGUACUGUGCAGCAUCCAUCAGCCUGCCGAAAAGCUGCUGUACGAGUUCGAUAGUCUCAUACUGCUGACUGGCGGACAGACGGGCUUCAUCGGAACACCGAACGAAGCGGUACAGUUUUUUCGGUUGCAGGGUCUGGAGUGUGAGGAAGGCUACAAUAAGGCUGACUUUCUAGUUAAAGUCCUUUCUAGUACGACUGCCGGCAUUGCUAAGGGCAACCAGUUUACGACGACUGCAAUCUGUCCAAAAACCAUUUGUAACAAUUAUACUGCGAGUGAAGCUGCUCGGCGACAAGAGGCGCUAAUCAGUGCUGAACUGUAUAGAGCGGCAAUAGAAGGGAGAGAUGAAUCAUUAAGAAACCAGCUCACCAAGGAUCGCGGACGUUGCUGGUUUUAUACAUUGUACUGGUUAAUGUAUCGUCACGUGCUACAGUCGCACCGGAACCCAAACUUGCAGUAUUUCAAAAUUGUUCAACGGAUAGGUAUCGCAGUAAUUGUAGGUCUCUGUUUUUCGGAUGCUAUCGAAUUAUCGCAACGAGGCGUACAGGCAAUGCAAGGUGUUAUUUUUCUGAUCGUCUCAGAGAACACGUUCUUACCGAUGUACGCCGCAUUAUCAAUGUUUCCCGAAAGCUUCCCAUUGUUCCAGCGAGAGAAAAGGGCAAAUCUUUACAGUACGGCUCAGUUCUACAUUUCAAGCAUUUUGUCGAUGAGCCCAUUCAUAUUGCUGGAGACAUGUGCAUUCAUCUUCAUCGUGUAUUUCUUCGCCAACCUACGUCCGACUCUGCUCGGUUUACUUGUAACAUUGGCUAUCUCCGUUUUAGUGAUGAAUGUGUCGAUCGCCUGCGGCUGUUUCUUCUCGACACUGUUUCCAACGGUUGCAUCCGCAAUGUCGUAUUUGGUGCCUUUCGAUUACAUUUUGAUGAUCACAUCCGGAAUUUUUAUCAAAAUCUGGUCUAUGCCCACUUACCUGCGCUGGAUGCCAUUCAUUUCCUGGAUGAUGUUCGCUAGUGAGGCAAUUUCGAUUGCUCAAUGGGACGGAGUGAUAAAUAUCGAAUGUUCUAACAUAAUUCCGAGCAUUUGUCUGCAUAAUGGGGAACAAGUGUUGGCUCAAUAUUCGUUUAGCAGCAAACACCUACGGACGGACUUUGUGGUACUCUUAGGCCAAUACUUUAUUUACCAUGUGUUGGCAAUGCUGUGCUUGGCAAGACGAGUAUCUCUAAAUUAAACGAUAUAUAUUGUUACCUGAUCGUUAUUAAACAUAAAAACCUAUGCAUUUUUAUUUCAUCGCUGUAUUAUGUAACGUUAACUGUGGUUAUAAUAAAACACCCCGGAAU